GUGCUGCGGUGAAGCCGUACUACUGCUCCUGCCCCUGUCUGUUUUUAUAAACCUGACCGAUUUUAAUCACUGUCUUUUAAAAAUAAUAAUAAUAAUAAUAAUAAUAGUUCUUUAGCCUGCACGUCCUUGUUGUUUUACCUGCUGAAAUGCCUACUCGGACCUUGCUGUGUUUGCCGGAGGAUGUGAAGGAACGACUGCAGGCACUGGAUAAAGGUGACGACAGUUUGUCAGAUGAGGAUUGUGUGAAGGAGAAGCUCCGGUUACUGCAAGACUUUCUGCGUGAUGACACUCAGGACCAACUCAAAAACCUUGAGCUCAAGCUGAAAAACUCUGAACUUACAACGGAGGUGUACACGUCCGAAGUGAAAGCUGUGCUGAAGAAGGCUUUAGGUUUGGGCAAGGAAGGUCGCAGCGAUGGGGCGGAGCAGAACGGGCACUCGAAUGGCUUCUCUGAAAACGGCUCUCAUAAAGAUAACUGUGAAAACGAAGCAGCCAUGGAAACUCGGGAGGAAGCAGAACCCAUUAAAUCUCCCAGCACAUCAAAGGGCAGGGGUGGCAGACGCAGUAAAGCAGACUCUGAGCCUAAAAAAUCUCCUGCAAGCUCAAGGGUCACACGCAACUCCGGAAAACAACAAACAAUCCUGUCAAUGUUCUCAAGAGUGCCCAAGCGCAAGUCUGAUGAGGUGAAUGGCGAGGCUACAAAUGGUGACACAGAUGUUAACACUGAGGAAGCUGAUGUCGAGGAGACCCGUGAAGAAAAGCGCCUUAAAACGGAAGAGGAUGAAGAAAAGCCGACCACUGAAAACUCCAAUGCAGAGAAGACCAAGCCUGUGAACACAGUCAAGACACCUCCACCCAAGUGUCCUGACUGCAGGCAGUACCUGGAUGACUCUGACCUCAAGUUUUUCCAGGGGGAUCCUGAUGAUGCGCUUGAUGAACCGGAGAUGUUAACGGAUGAGCGUCUUUCGUUGUUCGACUCGAAUGAAGAUGGGUUUGAAAGUUAUGACGACCUGCCUCAACACAAGAUUACAAACUUUAGUGUCUAUGACAAACGUGGCCACCUGUGUCCUUUUGAUUCUGGACUCAUUGAGAAGAAUGUUGAGUUGUACUUCAGCUGUUCAGUCAAGCCCAUCUACGAUGACAAUCCUUGUAUGGAUGGUGGUGUACCUGCUAAAAAGCUGGGCCCAAUCAAUGCCUGGUGGAUCACUGGUUUUGAUGGAGGAGAGAAAGCUCUGAUUGGCUUCACCACAGCGUUUGCUGACUAUAUCCUAAUGGAGCCAAGUGAGGAAUACUCUCUGAUCUUUGCGCUGAUGCAGGAGAAGAUCUACAUGAGUAAGAUUGUGGUUGAGUUUCUUCAGAAGAACCCAGAUGCUACAUACGAGGACUUGCUCAACAAAAUUGAGACCACAGUCCCACCGGCUGGGCUGAACUUCAAUCGCUUCACUGAGGACACUCUCCUGCGCCAUGCCCAGUUUGUUGUGGAGCAGGUGGAGAGCUAUGAUGAGGCCGGAGACUCUGACGAACAGCCCAUCAUUGUUACCCCGUGUAUGAGGGACCUGAUCAAACUGGCUGGAGUCACCCUGGGCAAGAGGAGAGCAGCCAGAAGACAAGCUAUUCGUCAUCCUACAAAGAUCGAGAAGGAUUUCAAGGGUCCGACGAAAGCUACCACGACGAAGCUUGUCUACCAGAUCUUUGAUACCUUCUUCGAAGAGCAGAUCGAUCAGAAUAAUAAAGAUGGAGGUGCCAAGAGGCAGCGCUGUGGGGUCUGCGAGGUGUGCCAAGCCCCUGAUUGUGGUAAAUGCUCUUCAUGUAAGGACAUGAUCAAAUUUGGAGGCAGUGGUCGCAGCAAGCAGGCCUGUCAAAAGAGGAGAUGUCCCAAUAUGGCAGUGAAGGAAGCAGAGGAUGAUGAGAAUAUAGAUGAGGAAGAAGUCUUGCCGCUUCUUAAAGAUGCACCGAAGAAGAUGUCCCAAGCAAAGAAAAAGCAGACAAAGAACAAGAUCGCUUGGGUGGGAGACCCCAUUAGGACUGAAGGAAAGCGUGACUACUAUAUGAAGGUGCGUGUGGAAAAUGAGGUGCUGGAAGUUGGAGACUGUGUGUCCGUCAGCCCAGAUGACCCCUCUCAUGCACUCUACCUCGCCAGGAUUACAGCUUUGUGGGAGGAGAGUGAGAUGAUGUUUCAUGCGCACUGGUUCUGCCGUGGCACAGACACCGUUCUGGGCGAAUCCUCGGACCCUCUGGAGCUCUUCCUUGUGGAUGAGUGUGAGGACAUGCAGCUGAGCUUUGUGCACGGCAAGGUCAAUGUGCUCUACAAGGCUCCUUCAGAGGACUGGUUCAUGGAGGGUGGUCUUGUUGAUGACAUAAAGGUCAUUGAGGAUGACGGAAAAAGCUUCUUUUAUCAGCUAUGGUACGAUGGGGAUUUUGCUCGGUUUGAGACGCCACCCAAGGUCAUCCCAGAGGAAGACUCCAAAUACAAGUUCUGUGCAAGCUGCACUAGAAAUAUAGAGCAGCAGGAACGGGAGACGCCUCGUGUCUUAGAUCCCCUGGAGGAUGAGGAGAGUGACACUAAAAUCUUAUAUUCCCUGGCUUGCCUGAAGGGGGAGCAAUACAGAGUGGGAGACAGCGUAUACUUGCCACCUGAGGCUUUCAACUUUGGGGUGAAGGCUGCAAGCCCUGUCAAACGUCCUCACCGAAAAGAGGAUGUGGAUGAGGACCUUUAUCCAGAAUACUACAGGAAGUCCUCGGAUUACAUCAAGGGAUCCAAUCUGGAUGCGCCGGAGCCGUUCCGUAUCGGGCGCAUUAAAGAGAUCUAUUGUAUCAAGCGCAGCAACGGCAAGCCAGCAGAUGCGUCGGAGGUCAAACUGCGCAUUUACAAAUUUUACAGACCAGAGAACACUCAUAAGGGUCCAAAGGCAGGCUACCACACUGAUAUAAACCAGCUUUACUGGAGCGAUGAAGAGGUGUCUGUGAACAUGGCAGAUGUUCUGGGUCGCUGUCGUGUGGAGUACGGGGAGGACCUGGUGGAGAGUGUGCAGGAGUAUUCCAGCAGUGGACCUGAUCGGUUCUACUUCCUAGAGGCCUACAGCGCCAAAUCAAAAACAUUCGAAGACCCACCAAACCAUGCCCGCUCUGUUGUAAACAAGGGCAAAGGAAAGGGAAAGGGAAAAGGUAAAGGGAAAGGAAAAGCUUCCUCACAGGAUGCCCAUGAGCAGGAGACUCCAGAGCUCAAAGCUCCUAAACUGCGCACGCUGGAUGUGUUCUCUGGCUGUGGUGGUCUGUCUGAAGGCUUCCACCAAGCAGGUAUCUCUGAGACCCACUGGGCCAUCGAGAUGUGGGAUCCUGCUGCACAGGCCUUCAGGCUGAAUAACCCAGGCACCACAGUGUUCACAGAAGACUGCAACGUUCUGCUGAAGCUGGUGAUGGCUGGAGAGAAGACCAACUCCCUGGGCCAGAAACUCCCUCAGAAGGGUGACGUGGAGAUGCUGUGUGGAGGGCCGCCAUGCCAAGGUUUCAGUGGAAUGAACCGCUUCAACUCCCGCACUUACUCAAAGUUUAAGAACUCCCUUGUUGUCUCUUAUCUGAGUUACUGUGACUACUACAGGCCGAAGUUCUUCCUGUUGGAAAACGUCCGAAACUUUGUGUCCUUUAAGCGCUCCAUGGUCUUGAAACUCACACUGCGUUGUCUAGUGCGCAUGGGCUACCAGUGCACGUUUGGUGUACUCCAAGCAGGGCAGUAUGGGGUGGCCCAGACACGGCGCAGGGCAAUUAUACUGGCUGCUGCUCCGGGUGAGAAACUCCCACGCUACCCAGAACCACUGCAUGUGUUCGCUCCAAGAGCGUGCUCCCUCAGUGUAGUGGUUGAUGACAAAAAAUAUGUCUCCAACGUAACCAGAGGGAACGGCGGUAUCUAUCGAACCAUUACGGUCCGGGACACCAUGUCUGACCUCCCAGAGAUCCGUAAUGGAGCCUCUGCUCUGGAGAUUUCCUACAACGGCGAGCCACAAUCCUGGUUCCAGAGACACAUUCGGGGGGCACAAUACCAGCCUAUUCUCAGGGACCAUAUCUGCAAGGACAUGAGUGCCCUAGUGGAAGCACGCAUGCGUCACAUCCCCCUUGCACCAGGCUCUGACUGGAGAGACCUGCCCAACAUCGAGGUGCGGCUACGGGACGGAACCCCAACAAAGAAGCUUCGGUACACGCACCCGGACAAGAAAAACGGCCGCAGCGGCACCGGUGCACUGAGAGGAGUGUGUACGUGUGCUGGAGGUAAACCAUGUGACCCAGCAGACAGGCAGUUCAACACACUGAUCCCGUGGUGUUUGCCUCACACGGGUAAUCGUCAUAACCACUGGGCUGGACUGUAUGGCAGGCUCGAGUGGGACGGCUUCUUCAGCACCACAGUCACCAACCCUGAGCCCAUGGGCAAGCAGGGGCGUGUGUUACAUCCGGAGCAGCACCGUGUGGUCAGUGUUAGAGAGUGCUCUCGCUCGCAAGGUUUCCCCGAUACGUACCGCUUCUUUGGCAACAUCCUGGACAAACACCGACAGGUCGGAAACGCUGUGCCUCCACCUCUUUCCAAAGCCAUCGGACUUGAAAUCAAGAAAUGUGUUCUGGAGAAGAUGAAGGAGAACGCUACAGAGCCUGUGAAACCAGAGAAGAUGGAGGUGUGAGUGAGUAAUGCUCCUCUCGAGUACUUUUUUGGAGUUUUUUCUCGACUCCCACUUAUUCAGUUCGUUCCAUUAACCCAUGUGCUGAUGUGGAGCCUGGCCACUCAGCUGGCCUCUCUACGGAUGUGUGGUCUGUGCAGCGCCGUUAAAAGUGAUGUUUUAUUCAUUUUCUAAAUGUAAUUUUAAUCGUGUUUGCAAUCUCCACUCUGAGGUGGUGGAAUAAAUUCUAUGUAGUUUUUAUAUGUUGUAAUAUUUCAAAUAAAGCUCUUAUCAACUGGAUGUCAAAUUCGUGUAAAUGUGUUUUAGUAAAAUGAAUUGUUGCACGUCAUAAAGGCUCAUGCUACAACUAUUAAUAUUUUGUUCCUCCCUGUUUCAAUGAUUUUUAUCAUGAUUAAAAAUGAGCAAUAAAAUGCUGUGUACUAAAUUGAAGAGCUUAUGAAGGUUGGUCUGUCACUACUUAAAACAUUAUUCACAGUAAAAUUGAAUUGAGAAUGUGUUACUCCUGCUCAUUCAUGCAGUUAUCUAAUCGGCCAGUCAGGUGGCAGCAGCACUUCAACAGCAUACCUGUGUCUCUGAUGUGGUCUUGGGCUGUUUUAGCCCAACCCUCAGUGGUUGUGUUCCUUUCUGCUCACCAAAGUUAUAAAGAGUGGUUAUUAGGGUUAAAGGUCUCUUCUGUUGGUGUUUUCAUCUGUGGACCUGGAUGGGUUUGGUGUUUUUGUGUGUGGUCUAAACUCUCUAGAGAAGUGGUCACCAACCCUCUUCCUUGAGGUCUACCUUCCUCCAUGUUUCAUCUCUAACCAAAACCUGUUUUAGUUGAUUUUCAAGAACUUCAGGCAAUGAUUAGAAUGCUAAAUGGUCUGCAUUUAUAUAGAGCUUUAUUUAACCCUAGCGGUUCCAUUCACACACACUCACACCGAUGGUAGCAGAUCUGCCAUGUACGGAGCAACUUGGGGUUCAGUGUCUUGCCCAAAGACACUUCAGCAUGUGAAGUCGUGGGCUGCCAACCCUACGAUUAGUGGACAACCUGCUCUACCACCUGAUCCACAGCCUACAACUACAGUCUUUAGGAAGGUAGAUCUCCAGGAACAGGGUUGGUGACCACUGCUCAAGAAAAUCCCAGAUCAUCAGAAAUAUUCAAACCAGCCCAUCUGGCAUUAACAGCCAUGCCAUGGUAAAGGGGCAAUGAUCCUAACUCCCACUGAUCUGAGCAUUUAAGUGAUGCUUUUGAUCUGUAUUUGCAUGAUUUUAUGCAGUGUGCUACUGCCACAUGAUUGGCUGAUUUGAAUGUACAGGUGUGCCGUGUGUGUGAAUAUUUAGAUUUUACAGAGUGCCUGGAAUCCAACUUUACUAAUAAACCUUUUAAAAUUUCAACAGCACAUUUAAAAUUACUUCAUUUGUUAAGUGCAAGUAGCAAUAAUGUCAUUUAGUGUUUAUAAAAUGGCUCUGUUUAAUCUCAAAGUAUUACAAGGGUGUUUAUAUUGAGAUUGACCUUUUAGUGCAUAAAUGUACGUCUUAAAUUGUUUGUUUUUUUUUACAGCAUGGCAAAUGAAAGGCUCUUCAGAAUAACAAAUUAAUUAUUGGCAAAAAUUGUUUUCUGUAUGUUUAUAGUUACAUGUAAUGAUUUGGAACAUACAAGUACCUUAAUGUUAUGUUGUAUUGUAGCAGCUAUAAAACAGUUGUUCCCUCA